CGACGCUGCCCACGUGUGUACUCAACUAUAAACGACGUCGUGCGGCGGUUGACAGUAUAUUGAAAAAUGAAAAAGAAACUAAAAUGACCUAAUCAACCACGUGGCGCGGUGGUUUCAUGUUUGAAUAUUUUCUUGAUAAACAAGAAUCACCAAAUUUCCCCUCAAAUUCGUAGUUGUUCUACCCAAUAAAUUCGCAAGCACAUCCCAUUCUAUCUUUCCGUUUGAGUUUCUUCUCAGGAUAUCGCGUAUCCUCCCAUUGGAAUAUUCUGCUGUUCAACUAUUUAUGGUAUUCUAGGGUUUCGCAUUCUGGAUCCGCGGUUCUCAUUCCAUCGAUUUUUCAGCUAAGCCGUGGUCCUGGCUGCAUCCUUAUUGCAACCGUGGAAGGUGUAAAGUUCUGAUUUUUCUCAUAAUUCCAAGUUUAAUUAGAUUAGGUAUCCCAAAUUUUUUCGGAGUUACUAUGCCGCCGUUUUUGUCGACCUCGAAAGCCCUUUGCUCCUUAGCAUCACGCAAAAGCGGUGCGAGUCAAUUGAUCAGGUCGAGCACGGGCAGAUCAAUCACAGCCAUUACCGGCCAUCACAUUCAACCUUCUGUCUCUCGCAUCGGCUUUUCCUCCAUCAUAGGAGGAUCUAGUAAUAGUAACAAUAAUAACAAUUAUAAUGCUGUCCACACUAGACAGUUUCUUGGAUGUGGUGAUGGUGAAGAAGGGAUUCUAUCCAAAACUUACGAGGAGAGACGCGUUUUGGGGUACUCUCCGGAACAAUUAUUUGAUGUUGUUGCAGCUGUUGAGUUCUAUCACGGUUUUGUUCCAUGGUGUCAAAGGUCAGACAUAAUUAGACACCAUCCAGACGGAUCAUUUGAUGCCGAGUUGGAGAUUGGAUUUAAAUUCCUUGUUGAAAGUUAUGUUUCUCAUGUACAAGUAGACAGGCCAAAGCGAAUAAAGACAACCGUGUCAGAAAGUACCUUGUUUGACCAUUUAAUAAACGUAUGGGAAUUUAACCCUGGCCCUGUUCCUGGAAGUUGCAAUCUUUAUUUCUUGGUGGAUUUUAAAUUUCACUCUCCACUUUACAGACAGAUUGCUUCAAUGUUCUUUAAGGAGGUAGCCUCUAAGAUGGUUGGUUCAUUUACAGAGCGUUGCCGUUUGAUAUAUGGACCGGAAGUGCAGGUCCAUGAAAAUCCGUAUGGAAAAAGGGCAUAGAAUUGUUCUCACCAGUUCUUGUCUUGAAAAUAGUUGAGGUCAAUUUACAGUCUCUGCAUGAAUUGGGUGGCUAUUUAUUAUUGGCCGCUCAAUGCCAAAUGAUUGAUCAUUUCUCUUUGUGAUCCCUACUAUUUUUGUAAUUUAUAGUUGAGGUCAAUUUAGAGUCUCUAGAUGAAUUAACAAUAUUCUGCAGACAAUCUCCAAAUUUCAUGAAGUUUAUAUGAUUUGUUUAAAACUGC